AUGUCUGCUGCUGUUGAUGACAUGUACUUCCUAUCUUCGUCCAUGAAAAUGGAACAACAAAAACAAUACCGUAAAAGACACCACUCUGACUCCUCUGAUGACGAUGUCUCGAGCCCUAAAUCCGCCUCCCCAUCAAUGGAUGAUGACAGACGUGCCCAUCACAAUGAGCUGGAACGUCGAAGACGAGACCAUAUUAAAGAUCAUUUUGUGAUUUUGAAAGACUCUAUUCCACUUCUAGAGGGAGAGAAGAGUUCGCGUGCAUUGAUCUUGAAAAGAGCUGUCGAAUACAUCACUGUUAUGCAAACCAGACUCAAUGAGAACCAAAAAAGCAUGGAUGAGCUCCGCAGAAGAAAUGAAAUGCUUGAGGAGAAAUUGUUGGAACGCGAAACGUCAUCUAGCUCUCCAUCCCGGAUACCAUCCCUCGGAGCUACACAGCUUCCAAUGUCACAACUCACAGUGCCAGUGGCUCCAAUUCAACAACUUCCUCAGAUUGCUCCAGUCCCACAGAUCCCGCAAACUGCUAAUCCAAUCGCACUAUCUGCUAUCGACCCAGUUCAACUGAACAACUUGAUCGCAUCAUCCCAAGAUGCUAUUGUUGCUCUCACCCAGAGCCUAUUCGGAAAGAUGAACACAACAGCUCCAUCGCUACCAGACUCUGUAUCACCACCUGCUGGAUUAUACCCACUUGCUUAUUCUCCGCUGGACCAACCAUUGGCUGUCAGAUUCUAA